UACCAUUGAAAAAAUAUAUGUUUAAGAGUUUAAACGGAAAGAAUAUUAAAAAUGCAGGUUAGUAUUGAAAAGUAGGUUCCUUCCAACUGUGCCAGAAAGAAUGACGAUGACGUCCCCUGAAGUGCCUCACUUUUAGGUCAAUGCCCCGAGCACUCUGCUCUGGCCUCUCCAGCUCUGCAAUUGUGACCUGGCAGUGAACAGGGGGACACAGACCUUUACAGUCCUUGGUAGCUUGGUACUGUCUGGGUUAAUGGCACCGGCCAAAAGAUAAGGCCCAGCCCUCUCAUUAUCCAGACGUUACUCCACGAGCUCCUUUUCAUUGAGAAAAGCUUAUCAGUUUCCCAGGGUUAUUCCUUCAGUCACCUGGCUGAGCACAUGCUUGUGUUUCCCAGAGUGUAUUGACAAGUCAAGGUCCGCCGAGCUGGGCGGCUUUGCCUUAUAAAUAGAGAGAGGAGAGGAUGUGAGAGCACUCGUACACUCGCUGGUUUAGUAGAAGAACGUAAACGUCAUGGAUAACCAAUGUCAGUGUUCUGUCGGCAGCGAUAGACUAUUAAAUCCUAUCCUCUUCAACAUUCUCAGCCAACUGGAUAACAGCAGUUCAAACAACUUCAGCUAUCAUUCAAUACCUCACAGAUGCAACUGCGAGCUGCGGCGAACAGUGUGUUUGAAAAUGCCGUCACAGAUUUGCAAAGAAGCUUCAGCGGUUCUGGUCAAAACCGUCCAUUUCAUGAAAAACUUACCAGCUUUUAGCCAGCUUCCGCCCAACGACCAGUUCUUGCUCCUCAAAAGCUGCUGGGCACCUCUUUUCAUAUUGGGCCUGGCACAGGAGCGCGUGGACUUUGAGGUUAUGGACGUUCCGUCUGACAGCAUGCUGAAAAGGAUUCUUCUGCAACGAGAGGGGGAUCCUGAGCUGGAGCGGGAGCAGCCCACCAUGGCCGGCGUCAGCAAACUGAAAUCCUGCCUCAAAAAGUUUUGGAGCUUGGAUUUGAGUCCUAAGGAAUAUGCAUAUCUCAAAGGGACCACCAUAUUUAAUCCAGACAUCCCAGACUUGAAGGCGUCGUUGUUCGUGGAGGGACUGCAACAGGAGGCCCAGCGCGCCUUGAGCGAAGUGGUCCAGCUCCUUCACCCUGAGCACCAGGAGCGUUUUGCCCGAAUCCUUCUCACGGCCUCCAUGCUGCAGAGCAUCACGCCCAGCCUCAUCACAGAACUGCUGUUCCGGCCUGUGAUUGGCCAAGCACACCUACUGGAGCUCCUGGUUGAGAUGCUCUUCUGCAGGUAGACCAGGACUUCCUUGAACAGAACUGAACCAAAUGGAUUAUACAUAUGUGCUACGAAACGUGUGAAUGAGAAGCUUAUGAAUAAAUUUGACUUUUUAUUUAAGGGAGGCUAACAUUACUGUAGUGCAUCAAGAAAGAUUUGGUCAUUUUGAGGUAAUAUUAUCUUUGCUUUGUUGUAAAUAUAUUUGACUGCAUUUACAGAUU